CCCGCGGGACUCGUUCCCUGCCGCCAAGAUGGUCAUCCAGAAAGAGAAGAAGAGCUGCGGGCAGGUGGUUGAGGAGUGGAAGGAGUUCGUGUGGAACCCGAGGACACACCAGUUCAUGGGCCGCACCGGGACCAGCUGGGGCGUCCAAACCCCCAGUGAUGCUCUGGGCUGGGAGGGGACAGAAUCACCGGUCUAAUCUCCCUGGCUGGCGCUGCGGAGGCAGAGAAACCUUUAUCCUCCUCUUCUACCUCAUCUUCUAUGGUUUCCUCACGGCCAUGUUCACUCUCACCAUGUGGGUGAUGCUGCAGACUGUCUCUGACCAUACCCCGAAGUACCAGGACCGACUGGCCACACCAGGCUUGAUGAUUCGUCCCAAGACUGAGAACCUUGAUGUCGUUGUCAACGUCAGUGACACUGAAAGCUGGGACCAGCAUGUUCAGAAGCUCAACAAGUUCUUGGAGCCUUACAACGACUCCAUCCAAGCCCAAAAGAAUGAUGUCUGCCGCCCUGGGCGCUAUUAUGAACAGCCAGAUAAUGGAGUCCUCAACUACCCGAAACGUGCCUGCCAGUUCAACCGGACCCAGCUGGGUGACUGCUCUGGCAUUGGGGACCCCACCCACUAUGGUUAUAGCACUGGGCAGCCCUGUGUCUUCAUCAAGAUGAACCGGGUCAUCAACUUCUAUGCAGGAGCAAACCAGAGCAUGAAUGUUACCUGUGUGGGGAAGAGGCCCCGCCACCAUAGGGACAAGGGGAAACAUCCUGCCAGCUCUUUCCUCACCCCUUCUCCUUGCUUCCUACUGAGCUCUUACUCAUUUAGCUGUUCUCUCUUGGCUCUGCUCCAGAAACCGGUUCCUGAGGAUGGGCGAGAUGAAGAUGCUGAGAAUCUGGGCAGCUUUGUCAUGUUCCCUGCCAAUGGCAACAUUGACCUCAUGUACUUCCCCUACUAUGGCAAAAAGUUCCACGUGAAUUACACACAGCCCCUGGUGGCCGUAAAGUUCCUGAAUGUGACCCCCAAUGUGGAAGUGAACGUGGAGUGCCGAAUCAACGCAGCCAACAUCGCCACAGAUGAUGAGCGAGACAAGUUCGCUGGCCGAGUGGCCUUCAAACUCCGCAUCAACAAAACCUGAGACCCCUUCCUUCCGCCCCCCCCACCUCUUUCCUUGGAUGCUUCUGGAAUGUCCCUCUUCCUAUACUUCUGAACCCAGCCUGAUUAAUGUACAUCGUGAUUCCCCACUUUCACAUAACUUCCACCAUCUCUCCCAACCCUAGUUCAGUCAGAGACAGGGGGAUGGGAUUCCAAGGAGGUCACAGAGGAGCUGCCUGGUUUAGCUGUGAGUGGGGUGUCCCCACAGCUACCCUCCUAUCCCCUGAGAGAUACAGAAAAUGCCUGCCCACCUGCACACCCACACAGCUACACCCACACACUCUUAUUUCACCCCAUGGCUUCAAGACAGGAACGUGGCUCCCAGUUCUUCCAUUCCUAAGUGUAGCUAGCUGCUGCUACCCUUCUCUGCCUCCCACGCUUUUCCCCUCCCAGCAUACACUGUUGGUGUCUUGGUGGCUCCUCUGGUCAAUCUGUGUCCACCUCUUCUCCAUCUCCACUCUCUUUCCAGGAUGGGCACCUUAGGAUGAGUUUUUUUUCCCCCUAUUUCCUGGCACAUUCCUCUUUUCAUCCUCAGGUGCCUGUGUGAGCUGGGAGUGAGAGUCUGGAAGAGAAGUCUGUGCUGGUUUUUCUUGAAAAUUCUCUUCCUGGUCUCUGUCACCCAAACAGGCACUCCUCAGAGGGGCAAUGUCGACCUAGGCUGAAUAUCCACUUUGUGUUUGCCAAUGGCUCCCUUACUCCUGUCCAAUUUCCCAGAAUAUCCUUCAAAUUCAAGUUCCCAGGAGCCUUGGGGGAGGGGCAGCCAUUUUGGAUCUGUCCCUAGUGGCCACCUUGGAAACGUCAGCAAGCUCUGGGACUGACUAUUCCACCUCCUUCCCCUGGCCCAGAUCUGCCCCCACCAUCCUCUCUCCGGCUUCUCUUAGCAAUUUAUCAAUUAAUCACUAACUUUUCCCCUUUUCUCUGCAUACCAGCCUGAAACUUGCAAAUACCCCUUCAUUUUAGGUCCUGAAUUUUCUGGCUUCAAAUCCCUCUGCAUUUUUAAAUCACAUCCUAGUAACCAUAGAAUUGUAAAAGAGGGACCUCCUGUAUUCUUGAGUUAAAGAGGCAUUUGAACUUUCUCCUCCGGUGCCCUUCACUCCCUUGCUUCUCUAAUCUCACGUUUCUUUUUUGGGCUGCAGCCUCCACACCUGCCCACUAAUGGACUCUUCCCUUUUUUCUCUUGUCAGAUCUGAGUUUCUUCCCUUUGGGUCCCCAUGUUUUCCUGCACUGCCCUUGCCCCAGUGGUCUCUCUGCAGUUAUUUAAUGCCUGUGUCAGAUCUACUGUAAAAAGAGGAUUAAGUACAGUAAAAUGAGAGCAAUUAUAUAUAUAAAUAUAUAUCAUACACAGA